CUAAAAGCAGCAGGUACUUCUGCAGUUUCACUCCUCUGUCUCACUGCUGGGAAGACUUGAACCGUCCAGGAUGUUCUGCUUGUCGCUUCUUUUUCUCCUCUCCCUUACAGGGUGCUGUGUUGGAAAUGACAUUCUACCCGAGGGUCCUCUGUUUGUAGGUCUGGGGGAAGAUCUGGUCGUUAAUAUCCUGUAUAAAAAGGCUCCAGGCGAUAUCGUGGUCUGGAAUUUCGACGACAACAACGUUGCUACUCUGCGCCCAACUGGUUUGGUGGUGACGGAAUCUUACAAAGAUAGAGCUUCUAUUAACACCACCAACGGGUUCCUGACUGUGAAGGCCCUGACAUUAAAAGACAGCGGGGAUUAUAGCCUCACCAUACUAACAGAUACUGGGACUCUUGCCGGAGGGGUUACAGUCCAAGUUCUUGCGCCUGUGUCUAAUGUUGUGAUCAAUGCCGAGCCGGCUGAAGUCAUCGAGUACAACGACACAGUGGCUCUUAACUGCACUGCCAAAGGGUCUGGUCUAACCUUCACCUGGACCAAUAACAGCAAUAACAUCGUUUCUGAUGGCAAACGGGUAACAGUGACACAUAGUUUAACACAGGAGUCGUCUUCCAGUAAACUGACCAUCAGUGGUGUACUGAGGUAUGACUUGGUUGGCCCCAUCGUCUGCAAAGCACAAAACAAACUGGGACAAGCGAGCAGUGUUCCUUUCAACCGCACGGUCUACUAUGGACCCGAAGAUGUCAUCCUAAAGCCAUCGGCACAUUCGGAGUAUGUCCCGUCCAAGUCAAAUUUCACCCUGACAUGCUCGGCCUCCUCUAACCCUUCUGCCACCUUCACCUGGUUUCACAACGAGAAACAAAUAACUGGCACUGAUCCAGUCCUCACCCUGAAAGCCAUCGAGGAGCAGGGAUAUGGGAAGACGGCGGGCAACUACAAGUGCGUCGCUCAAAAUGCCAAGACCAAACGUGCCGUCUCUUCCGCUCCCAUCAAAUUCUUAGUGAUGGAGCCCAUUUCUGGUAUUAAGAUCACUGGUCCAAGUGGUACCCUCCUUGCCGACAACAGCAGCGCCAGCCUCAGCUGCCAGGCAGAAGCGGGCAACGUGACGAGCGUAGUAUGGCUGAAGGAUGGUAAAACUCUCUCCAACACCUCCCAUGUCAUCUUCUCCAGUGACAGUAGCUCAAUAUCUAUCACAACGCUGAAGAAGGAGGACAAUGGAAUGUAUAAGUGUCAGCUCAGCAACUCUGUCAGCCAACUGGAAGCUCAAUACUCGAUGGUGGUCAAUUAUGGUCCUGACUCAGCAGAGGUAAAGGCUGUCUCUCAAGUGGAGGUGGACAAACCAGUGACGGUCACUUGUGCUGUCCUUUCUGUCCCUCCCGCCAACAUUACUUGGAGGCUGAAUGGCACAGAGAUCCUUGGUCAAGCAAAAAAGGACUUGGUCAUUGAAAAGGCCACAUACAAAGACUCAGGAUCCUACACAUGUGAGGCAAAAAACUCUAUAACUGGCAAGACCAUCACAUCCUCCCCUGUCGUUGUCACUGUCAAAGAAGAGAUAGAUGAGGGUCUUUCAGAUGGAGCCAUCGCCGGCAUUGUCAUCGCAUGCCUUGUUGCAGUUGGAGUUGCCAUCGCGUUGUUCUUCUACUGCAGAGCGAAAGUACCGUGUCGAUCUAAGUCAGCACACAGCUAUGAUGUGGAGAAUAGUGUGUCGUCACCAUACUAAAGAUGUCCCUCUGCUGGUAAGUCUCACUGAUA